CAAAUACCCUUCGACACCCCCAGCACAUCUCUGAGUCCCUCCCUCCCAACACCUGGCACGCGGACUCUAGAGGCUGCAGCAUUUGGUGGCAUCCCUGCCAGACACCUCUGGCUCUCCUUCGGCAGCGGCUGAUCAGCCUUGGGCUCCCCAGGUGCCUCCCUAAACAGACCUUGAGACUCCCCAGCGACUGGCUUGGCCUCUUCCCUAAGAGAUAAAGAAGGCACUUGGGGUGCAAGUGCCCGCGGUCCGACGUGUCAGAAGCCGAGCGGCGAUGGAGGGCCUGGGGCGCUCGUGCCUGUGGCUGCGCCGGGAGCUGUCGCCCCCGCGGCCGCAGCUGCUGCUCCUGGACUGCCGCAGCCGCGAGCUGUACGAGUCCGCGCGCAUCGGUGGGGCGCUGAGCGUGGCCCUACCCGCGCUGCUGCUGCGCCGCCUGCGGAGGGGCAGCCUGUCGGUGCGCGCGCUCCUGCCGGGACCGCCGCUCCAGCCGCCCCCGCCUGCCCCAGUACUCCUGUACGACCAGGGUGGGGGCCGGCGCCGGCGCGGGGAGGCCGAGGCUGAAACGGAGGAGUGGGAAGCCGAGUCAGUGCUGGGUACCCUGCUGCAGAAGCUGCGGGAGGAAGGCUACCUUGCCUACUACCUCCAGGGUGGCUUCAGCAGAUUCCAGGCCGAGUGCCCUCACCUAUGUGAAACCAGUCUGAGUGGCCGUGCCAGCUCCAGCUUGGCCCCGCUGCCCAGUCCAGCGCCCGUGGUGGGGUUGGGCAGCCUGUGCCUGGGCUCCGACUGCUCUGAUGCGGAAUCCGAGGCUGACCGCGACUCCAUGAGCUGCGGCCUGGAUUCGGAGGGUGUCACACCCCCCCCAGUGGGGCUUCGGGCAUCCUUCCCUGUCCAGAUCCUGCCCAACCUCUACCUGGGCAGCGCCCGGGAUUCAGCCAACUUGGAGAGCCUGGCCAAACUGGGCAUUCGCUACAUCCUCAAUGUCACCCCCAACCUCCCAAACUUCUUCGAGAAGAAUGGUGACUUUCACUACAAGCAGAUCCCCAUCUCCGACCACUGGAGCCAGAACCUGUCGCAGUUCUUUCCGGAGGCCAUUGCAUUCAUCGAUGAAGCCUUGUCUCAGAACUGCGGGGUGCUCGUCCACUGCCUAGCGGGGGUCAGCCGCUCUGUCACCGUCACUGUGGCCUACCUCAUGCAGAAGCUCCACCUCUCUCUCAACGAUGCCUAUGACCUGGUCAAGAGGAAGAAGUCUAACAUCUCCCCCAACUUCAACUUCAUGGGGCAGUUGUUGGACUUCGAGCGCAGCCUGCGGCUGGAGGAGCGCCGCUCGCAGGAGCGUGCCACCGGGGAGCAGGCAUCUGCGGCCUCCGACCCGCCCUCCUUCUUCACCACCCCCACCAGCGAUGGCGCCUUCGAGCUGGCCCCCACCUAGGGCACCGUAGCAGGCAGGCUGGCCCCUGCCCCACCUCCACCCAUGGGUGUCCCUACUCACCCGUGGGGCAAGGGAGGGGUGGGUGGGAGGGCUCGGCCUGAGCAGGGGGCUGGGGGGAGAGCGCAAUACCUCACGCGGGCUGGCGUCCUAAUCAACGUGCCUACGGCAGGACCACGCUUUGAGCCUGCCUCUUCUGCGACUGUUACUCUUUUCUUUGCGGGAUGGGAGUGGGGGUUCCUCUCCAGGUGACUGUCCAGGCGCUGGCCCUGGCCCUGGGUGCUCAGCCAGCUCAGCUGGGCCUUGUGCCCCCCUGUGCUUCCCUCUCUUGGAAGGGGGCGUGCCACCUCGUUGCCACAGGGACUGCCUCCCAGUCCCUUCCCUGUCCUCAAAUGGCCACUUGGAGGGGAGGAGUUUGCCAUCACUGGUGUUGUCACCACCUUGCUUCUCCACCAAGGGCUUGAGGCUCUCAGGGCUGGGGCCUCUCAGGGU